AUGUCGACAACAUCGCUGGACGACAUAUCAAAAGAGGAAGACACGGUCUUUGAGUCGGAAGAUGGAAAGGGAGCCAGGGUGGUUAUAGAUGAGCCCAGUCUCGAGCUCCUCAGUGGCAGCAAGAUUGACUACACGAUGGAGUUGAUCGGCAGUCAGUUCAAGGUGACGGGCAUUCCGGGAGCCACGAGCAGUUGUGGUUGUGGGUCCAGUUUCGACAUCCAGGCAUGA